UGUGGAGCCAAGAAACAGGUCUGACCUCAGUUACGGGAACUAAGCACGGUGCUGUUUUAAAAAGUCUCUGAAGUGUGGGUAGCCAAGACAACAUGAACACCACUGAACCAGGCUCAAACUUCACCUCUAACACAGACAAUGUCACUCUGUCCAGCCUGACAACAACCACCAUCUUUCCCACCAUCCCACAGACUCCAUCCGAUUCUUCAGACAUCUACCGCCCAGAAUUCACCAUCAUGGUGGUGCUGGGCUUAUCACUGCUGCUGGCAGGGUUAGCAGCCUUCCUGGCUGUGUGUCGGCCCACAGAGCAGGAUGGGGACACUGAGGCGAGCUGUGGCCCAGGGGAAAGCUUGACCCGUGGAAGAAGCCAGUCCAGUGAGCCCCAGCUCAAGGUGUGGAAGAGACUGGGCUCAUAUCGCCGUUCAUACAAUCUCUCCUUCAGACGGCCGCCCCAUCGGAGGCCUCAUGAGCGUUCAAGCACACACCUCACCAGCCAGUCUCCAGCUCGUCAGACACCACAGCCAGAUGCCAGUGUGGAGCCCCACCUCACUAUGCCAUGUCUAUUUGACUACGUCACUGAAAUCUGACUCAAGGACAGGCUGAUCGACUGCUACCCAAAACAAGUUAUACACUGUAUAUUUUAUGGUUGGCGCUAUGAACCUUACCAAUCCGAGGUGUGGGUGAAGACUACAUGAUUAUUAUUGUCAGCAUUUGUUCUAACAUACUUUGAAUGCUAGGUGGACGAGGUUUACAACAAAACUAGUGCUUAAAAAUGAGGCAAUCAAAAAGCCAUUGUAUUAGGGUUUACACAUUUUUGUGACUGAUCAUUUCACCUCCUAUAGCAAGAACCAUUGUUGGGCAUGAAUCUUCUUCUUCAGCGCAGCUCUACACUAUCUGAACUUGAAGUAAAAACUAUUUAAUUUGAUUACAAUUCUCUCAGUAAGGAUUUGAUGCUUCAUCAAAUCUCACAUUCUGCACAGGAAUAAAUUCGGCCUGAUUUGAUUCGCAUCCAAGGAAUAUAAAAAAACUAAUACAGUGAGCAAUAAUUCAUCACACAAAAAAAACACAACAAGGUAAUAGUUCAAACAAUGACUUAUUUCAUUUUAAGUCUUAAAAAUAUUCUCCAAUCAAAAUGUUUAAAGUAUCAUUCCUCUGCUUCAUAUUGCUAAUUGUUGCUGAAAACCCCAUCCAUCUGGUAAUUUAUGUGCAUUAAGACAAACACUAGGAAUUAUUUUAUAGUACAUUUUCAUGCAGGUCUCAAAACAU